AAUGGAGGAAUCUGAGCAGCUGUUUACCCAGAGGUCAGAAGGGAAGAGGCCCAAGGGGCACUGCAGAUGGAGCACUCACUCCCUGGAUUCAAAGGCAGUGGAGGAUUUCAGGAGGAGGCUGAAGUACUUUUUUAUGAAUCCAUGCGAGAAGUACAGAGCCAGGGGUCGAAAACCAUGGAAACUCAUGUUGCAAAUAUUGAAAAUUGUCAUCAUCACAGCACAGCUGGUCUUCUUUGGCCUGAGCAAUGAAAUGAUGGCUACAUUCAAAGAGGACAAUCUAAUGACAUUUGAACACCUGUUCCUGAAAGGAUUCAAGGACCACUGGCAGGGAAACUACGUUCUUUAUACUAAAGCCGACCUGUAUGAUCAUAUCUACCACAUCAUCAACACGUACGCCAAUCUUCAGAACCUGACAUUAGGAAAUCAUGCGUAUGGGAAGAUUGAUGGCAAGUACACCCCGCUGUCCGUCUGUCAACUGCUUUACAAAAACAGCACCAUUGAUCCAGAGAGAGACACCUUCCACAUUGAUCCACACAUUGAUGAAGAGUGUAUUUCCGAAUUCCCGCCGACAUCUCUUGACAAUACUAAUCUGGAAAAAAGCAUCAACUUCUCUGUAGAUUUCAAAAGGCUCGUGUCAGUUAACAUCAACUUCACUCUGAAAACCAUCAAUCUGCAGACUGUGAGGCAUCAUGAGCUACCAGACUGCUACGGCUUCCACAUAAAGAUCAUAUUUGAUAACUGUGCACACAGUGGAAAGAUAAAAGUGAGUGUCAAAAAUGAUGUUCAAAUUCAUGAGUGCAAAGACUAUAACGUGAGAGACGCCUCUGGGAAAAUUGAUUAUCUCGUCUUGAUGUUUGAUUCCUUGGUCAUCUUCGCCUGUGUUGCCUCCCUCAUUCUCUGCACGCGAUCUAUUGUCAAGGGCAUUCAACUCCAGUUUGAGUUCAAAAUUUUCUUCCAAACCCACUUCAAUAAAUUGGUGACUUGGUCAGAACGUAUGGAGUUUGUGAAUGUCUGGUAUAUAUUUAUUAACAUCAGUGACACGCUAACCAUCACUGGGUCAGUGAUAAAAAUAGGAAUACAAACCAAGUUCCUGACCAACUAUGAUGUCUGCAGCAUCUUACUUGGAACAGCCACCAUGCUGGUGUGGAUUGGUGUUAUUCGCUACCUUGGUUACUUCAAGAAAUACAAUGUAAGAGCCUUCUCCUCAGUUCUGGAUAAUAUAUUUUGUCCAGAGAACCUGAGACAACUCACUUCCGUUCAGAUCCUAAUCCUAACCCUGAGGGCUGCCUUUCCUAACGUUAUCCGGUUUUGCUGUUGCGCUGCCAUGAUCUACCUCGGGUAUUGCUUCUGUGGUUGGAUUGUCCUUGGACCUUAUCAUGACAAGUUCAGAACAUUUAACAAAGUGACAGAGUGCCUCUUCUCUCUCAUUAACGGAGACGACGUGUUUGGCACCUUCCUUAAUAUGAGAGACAAGAGCUACAUGGUGUGGCUUUUCAGCAGAAUCUAUCUAUACACCUUCACAUCUCUCUUCAUCUACAUGGUGCUCAGCCUGUUCAUCGCCCUCAUCACAGACACCUACGAAACCAUCAAACAUCACCAGAAAGACAGCACACCAGUGUCCCUGCUUCAUGCCUUCAUAGCAGAAUGCCAGGAUCAGCCUGAAUUUGGACAAUAUCUAUAUGAUGAGGAGUCUUCAAGCUGCUGUUUCUCUCCAUGAGGCUGGUUUCAAAGAAUUGCAAGGAUGUAGAGUUAACUUUGAGGACAAAGUUGUUGCAUAUAAAUGUCUUUGGUAGUAGCUGGUGAUAAAAAUGUCUGAAGGUAUUUUUCAAACUGCCCUGUAUAAUAGUGUAAUGCAAAGGAGAAGUUGUUAGAUUAGCCGCAGUUUCCUAAUUUAGUUGCACAAAGACUUGUUUAGAAACCAGUAUAAUGAUGAAUUGUGAAAGGAUGCUUGCCGUCUUUGCCAUGUUUUAAAAAAAAGGUAUUCUGUAUUUUAGUCAUACAUUUUGGGGUUGUUAAAAAUUUAUGUUUGACUCAAUGUUGACCGCUGUUUUAUUCAGCACUCUGCUGUCUUUAAUCUCAUCAAGUCUAGUUAGGGGCUGAUUUCUAACAACUUUUUUGGGACCAAAAACGACAUCAGGAAACUCUGAUCCAACCCCUCAUAGACAUUUUCAACAUUUAUACUGUGUCCCUGUGGAGAGAUCUUGCAAGAGAUGUUUUAAUACUCCAUAGCAAGAGGGAUUAUAUAGAUGUUGAAGAAAAGUGGCCUCAGAAUGGAGCAUGGAGGAACUUUGUGUGGUCUUUGUUUUCUCUAAUUUAUAAUUACUAAAUGACACAAGUUAUAUUCAAGGUCCUGGUUCUGUUUUCAAGAACCAGGACCUGGACAGGCUAAGAAGUGUAACCACUUUUUUACUUCCUUGGUAAAGUUCACUCUUGGGUUUUAGAAAGAAAGCUCUGACUGAUUGUCAUACGUCUGAUUCAAGAGCAAGCAAUGUGACUUUGGGUGAGGUUAUCAUUAGAUUGGUUGGCCAGUUAAUAUGUGUUUUGUAGAACUUGAGAAAGCUUACAACCAUGUCUCUCAAGGCAUUUUAUUGGCAUCUUACACUGGGUACAAGAUAGUGAAACAAGUUUUCUCCAUAGUUUGAUUGUUCCCUAGUUGUAUGAAUAAAUAAUACUCAUGCA